AUGUGCCGGAUCCGGCCGGGAUGUGCCGGAUCCAUCCGGGAUGUGCCGGGCCGGGCGGAACCACCGGCCCACGGUGCCGCCUUGUCCCUGCUGCGCAGCUCCGCCACCGAGGAGGGCAGCGCGGCGUCCGAGGAGCCGGAAGCGGCGCCGGAUCCAGAGCCGGUUCGGGAGCCGGAGCCGGUUCCGGAGGCGGUGCCGGUUCGGGAGGCGGUGCCGGUUCCGGAGGCGGUGCCGGUUCGGGAGGCGGUGCCGGUUCCGGAGGCGGUGCCGGUUCGGGAGCCGGAGCCGGUUCCGGAGGCGGUGCCGCGCACCCUGGCCUACGUGGUCCCCGUGGAGGGCACCUCGCGCACCCUGCGCCUGCGCCAGCAGGUGUUCCUGCCCAACGACCUCCGGGUUUACGCGGACGGCGGCGGGGGGCCCGUCACGUCCGAGCCGGCGCACAUCAAGCGYGACUGCUUCUACGAAGGCUACGUGGAAGGUGUCCCGGGUUCCCUCGUGGCCCUCAGCACCUGCUCCGGACUGAGUGGGAUUCUGCAGCUCCCUAAUGCCACCUAUGGAAUCGAGCCUCUGGAUGCUGCGCCCGGAUACCAGCAUCUCGUCUAUUUGGUGCGGAAUGACGAUGUAGAGAAUCUGAUAUUUGUGGAAAACAGCUCGCUGGCACAGCCGCAGGACAUGGCGCCGGGGCAGGAYGGAGGAGCCCAGGUGAAAGCCGCCACUAGAUCCCCUCGGUAUCUGGAAGUGCACGCAGUUUUGGACAAGGCCCUGUACRACCACAUGGGUGCCACCAAGGCCACCGCCACGGAGAAGGUGGUUCAGCUCUUCAGCUACGUCAACAGCAUGUUUACUCGCCUUAACCUGACCAUAGUAUUGACUUCCCUGGAGUUUUGGACGGAACGGGAUAAAAUCCCAACCGUGGGAGGUGCCCAGGAGUUACUGCAGAGGUUUCUGCAGUGGAAAAACACCCACCGUGUCCUGCGGCUCCAGGACAUCACGUUCCUGUUGGUCUACCGGCAGCAGCCGCKUUACGUGGGAGCCUCCUCUGCGAGCAGGUUGUGCCACAAGAACCUCGCUGGAGCGGUGGCCGUGUACCGCGGCGCGAUGACGCUGGAGACCUUCUCGGUGGUGGUGGCGCAGCUGCUGGGGCUGAGCCUGGGCAUCGGCUACGACGGCGCCCGCCGCUGCCGCUGCGCGGGGGCCACCUGCCUCAUGCAGAGCACCGCGGCACGCUCCCCUGGCGCCAAAACCUUCAGCAGCUGCAGCGUGAGGGACUUCCAGCGUUUCCUGGCCAGCGGGGAAGGGCAGUGCCUCUGGAAUAGGCCUACUAUGGAUAUAUCCUAUCGAGCUCCCGUGUGYGGCAACAAGGUGGUGGAGCCGGGAGAGGCCUGUGACUGCGGUUCGCCCGAGGAAUGCAAGCGGGAUCUGUGCUGCACGGUGGGAUGCAAAGCCAAGAAAGGGGUGGAAUGCCUGUCGGGACCGUGCUGCUGGAAAUGCCGUUUCCUGCAAAAGGGAACCCUGUGUCGGAGCAGCCCRGAGGACGAGUGCGAGCUGAAGGAAUAUUGCAACGGCACCUCCGGGCAGUGCACGCCCAACUUCUGGGUCAUGGAUGGGCAUCCCUGCAACCGCCGGAGCGCCUUUUGCUACCGAGGAGUGUGCCAGCUCGCCGACAAGCAGUGCCAGAGGGUCUUUGGGAAGGGUGCCAGGAACGGCCCCCUGGCCUGUUACGAAGAAAUAAACGGCCGAAGGGACAGGAUGGGACAUUGCGGUUCCAAUCAGAGCGGCUACCAGAGCUGUGCGUGGAAGGAUCUGCGCUGCGGGAAGCUCAUCUGCGAGUAUCCCAGCCACAAGCCCUUCACCAGGGAGAAGGCGGCGGUGGUUUACGCGCGGGUGCAGAACUCGCUCUGCGUGACGCUGGACUACAUGAAGCCUCCCGCCCAGAGGGACCCCAUGCUGGUGAACGACGGCACCGUCUGCGGCGACCGCAUGGUCUGCAUGAACCAGAAGUGCGUGCCUGCCACCGUCUUCAACUACAAGUGUGAAAUAAAGACCAAAUGCCACAAUCACGGCAUCUGCAAUAACAAAGGGCUGUGUCAUUGUCACCCUGGCUGGAAGCCACCCACCUGCCUGGAGAGAGCGAACACGAUGGGAGGGAGCAGCGAGAGCCUCUUCAGAGCGGAUGAAGCGGUCGUCCCGAGCAGGGACGUGCUGAGGAACUGGCUCCUUAUCAGUUUCUGCCUCUUCCUGCCCGUCCUCCUGGGCGCCACCAUCCUGCUGCUGUGGCAACGCGCCUGGUGCCGCUGCCGCGCUCCGGAGGGCUCGCCGCGCGAGGGGUGA